AUGACGACGAACGUUCAUCCCGAGUCCCCGGAGGACUUUGAGUUCAUCGAGACUCCGGCUGCUUCUUGCACCACUCCAGCGGAGGACUGUGGUGUGCGGACAACGUCGUAUCCCGCUAUCAAAAAUGCCCCCGUCCCAGCCGACUCCGCUGGCAGUGACAGCUUCUCCAACCUCCUGCUCUUCUCGCUCCUUCUCCUCAUCCCAUGGUACCUAGCUCGUCAUAUCGGUGGCGGCUUUUACACCACUAUCUUCUUCGCCAUCUUCACCACCGUUCCCAUCUUGAUGGUAUUUUGGUCGGUGGCUUCGUCCAUUUCUCCCCGCAAGAACGAAAAGGUCAAGUAUGCGGGCCGCCCCGUCGAGUACUAUCUUGAUUUCCAUAGCGAGCAUGAUCGGGCCACGUACCACGGAAAGAGCAAGAUUCCCAUGGAGGUUUUCUACGAGAAAUACUUCAAUGGCGAAGUUGACUUCAAGGGCGAUGCUCUCGAGGCUCUUGAGUUCAGACACGACUGGGCCAAUUUUCGCUUCACCAUGGGUCUCUUCAAGCACUUCCUCUUUGGCUUCAUCCCCGAAUUACUGGUCCACUCUCGUUCACAGGACGAGGAGCAGGUGCGUGACCACUACGAUCGGGGUGACGACUUCUAUGCCUGGUUCUUGGGUCCUCGGAUGAUCUACACUUCUGGUUUGAUCGGAGACGUCAACAGGGAGGAAACCCUGGAGGAGCUCCAGGAUAACAAGCUCGCUGCAGUUUGUGAAAAGAUCGGCGUGAAGCCCGGCGAUACCAUCCUUGACCUUGGUUGUGGUUGGGGUACCCUGGCCAAAUAUGCCUCGGUCCAUUAUGGCGCUCAUGUCACCGGUAUCACGCUUGGCCGCAACCAAACCGCUUGGGGUAACAACGGUCUUCGCAAAGCUGGUAUUGACGACUCUCAGAGUCGUAUUCUGUGUUUAGACUACCGCGAUACUCCUCGUGUCGACGGAGGCUACAAGAAGAUUACUUGCCUGGAAAUGGCUGAACACGUUGGUGUGCGUCAUUUUAGCACCUUUUUGUCUCAAGUCUACGACAUGCUCGACGAUGAUGGUGUCUUCUUCCUGCAAAUUGCUGGUCUCCGCAAAUCUUGGCAAUACGAGGACCUGAUCUGGGGCCUGUUCAUGAAUAAGUAUAUCUUCCCCGGUGCCGACGCUAGCACUCCUCUCGGGUUUGUUGUCGACCGUCUCGAGGCCGCUGGUUUUGAGAUUAAGGCGGUUGAUACCAUCGGUGUCCACUACUCCGCUACUCUUUGGCGCUGGUACCGCAACUGGAUGGGUAACCGUGAGAAGGUUGAGGCUAAGUAUGGAAAGAGAUGGUUCCGCAUCUGGGAGUACUUCCUUGCCGCCUCGACCAUCACCUCCCGUCAGGGCGGUGCAACCUGCUGGCAGCUCACUCUCGUCAAGAACAUUAACUCCACCCACCGUGUUGAUGGCAUUAAGACCCAGUUUGGUCUCAAAGGAGCUAUUCAGGCUGCUGCUGAGAACGUUGGCAAUGGCACCCGCCCUAGCGCCCAUGUUCCCAAUAAGGCGUAA